AUGGUGAGCGUCGCCGCCCAAGUCCUCCGCACGCCACGUAUGCUCGCACGCAUCUGCGUCUACCAAGCCGGUGUGGCGAACAUGGCGCUCGGCAACCCACUGCACUGCCGCGCCAUCGCGCUCGGCAGCUACACGGACGAGCCGCCUCGCCCCGACGACGCCACGAACAUGCACUCCUGGAUCACGGUCCAUGGCGUCGAUGAGCUCGCUUCGCUCUGCGUGCCCCAUCUCUUUGCACACGCGAUUGCAUGCGGCGAUGUCAUUGUGCUUCAGUGGCUAAUCGACCGAGAGUUGGUCAUGUGGACCAAGGAGCUGCUCGUGCUGGACGCUUAUGGCUGCAAGGCGUGCCCUUAUGCAGUCAAGGAUCUCGGCCCUGCAAUGAAGAUGCGCAGUCGCCAGAUCGUCUAUCGGGCAGCAGCCAAGGGCCAACUCGAGUUGCUGGGCAUUCUUAUUGGUUUGGGCUUGGCUACCAACGACAUUUGGGCGGCAGUGUGCGCUGGUGGCCGCGUUGACGUCGCCGAGUACGUCAUCGCGCAAGAACUUGGUGCAUGGGACGACACUUACAUCAACGUCGCCGCCAAGAACGGUCAUUUUGAGCUGCUGCAGUACCUCCUCCGUCUCGGCUACAGCGGCGUCAACCGGGAGACGCUCAGAUUGGCCAUCGCCUUCGACCAUCUAGCGACUGUUCAAGACCUCCUCGCACGUCAUCCCUCACCAAAGGUGCUGCUGAAGCAUGCGCUUAUUGACGCGGUCGAGUGUGGCCGAUUCAGCAUUCUUCGCUGGCUGUGCACGCAGCCGGAAGCUUGGGCGUUCUUGGGCAGCGCGGAUGCGACGGCCGUGUACUGCUGCGCGUCCGACGCCAUCGUUCAGUGCAUCCGUGACGCGAUGGCCCAGUACGCUUACGAGCAGUGCAUCAACUCUGUGCUCCUCUCCGCCAACCUCUUGAAGAUCAUCGUCGCGUAUCAAGCCGGAGUCGACGAGAGUACCGUCGCGUUGCACGCGCUCUGCGACGACCUUGCUCUCUACCGCAACUACGACCGGCACGUGCCCACGGCCAGUGCAUUCGCAGUGUACCACGAGGCGUUUGGUCGCUGGCUGGCGCGCCACGACCUCGGGCAGCUCCACCGCUUGUGCCAACCCCAUCUCUUUGCCUACGCGAUGGCACUUGGGGAGAAGGAUCUUCUUGCCGCGCUCGGCCUCCGGCUUCUCGUGCCGACGCGACGUGUGGAGCUCAACGGUCGUGGUCGCCGCCUCUGCGCAUGUGCCCAGACCGUGCUGGGGCUCCAUGCCACGGUCACGUAUUGUGGCGUCGUCGAGCACGCGGCCGAGUUUGGCCACGUCGACGUUCUCAGCAUGUACCACGCGGCUGGCUUUGGCAUGGCCGACGUCUGGAGCCGCGCGAGCUACUUUGGCCAUAUGAACAUUGCGCAGUUCGCCCACGAUAACCAAAUUCCAGGGUGGCAGCCGCACUUUGUGUACAACGCAGCGAACGCGGGCCACCUCGAUGUGGUUCGGUUUGUGCACGAGCACAACUACGACGGCUUCAACGACGACACGGUCCGCGGCGCCGUGCACAGUGGCCAGACCGACCUCGUUUCGUUCUUCUUGACGCACCGCGAAGGCGCGAUGGCCAAGUCCUUGAAGGCGGCGGCCGAGACAGACAAUGUCGACAUGCUUCGGUGGCUCGUCGAGCAGCCUGGCGCGGCGGCGCACUUGGAUACAACCGCAGUGCACGCGUACACGACGCGGAGCUAUCGGUGCGCGGCGCUGCUGGCACACGACCAUCGAACGUCCCCGACGUUGAUUGCGCUCUACGAACGCAGCCUCAAGCGCAAGGCGUCCGAGAUAUCGGAGGGCUAUUAG